CCUAUUGGAGGGGUGUACGUGUGAAAUGAAAGUCGAUUCCCUAUAUAAAGGGUGGUUUUCUUCGUAUACGACAGAAACCGAUUUAAUUUAGCAAACGAGACUUGGCACACAGUCGAUCAACAUGAAGGCCUUGAUUUGCUUGAUGCUGAUUUCCGUGGCAUAUGCCAGUGAGAAAGCAGAAGAAAAUGUAGAAGAAAAGGCAAUUAAAAAACGUGGACUAUUGGGUCUUGGAUUGGGAUAUGGAGGAGGUUAUGGGGGUGGUUAUGGAGGUGGUUAUGGGGGUGGUCAUGGGUACGAAGCUGGUGCCUCCGUUGCAAUUGCUACCGUUCCGGUUGAAGUACCAAAGCCAUAUCCGGUUGCUGUUGACAGACCCUAUCCAGUGAAGGUGCCAGUUCCUGUCCCGCAACCAGUGCCAGUUGCUGUUCCUGUUGACAGACCUUACCCUGUUGUUCAGACCAAAACCGUAACGGUUCCAGUUGACAGGCCUUAUCCUGUCUCUGUCCCUGUUAAGGUACCGGUACCUGUACCUGCACCUUAUCCAGUCAAGGUACCAGUGGCUCAGCCAGUACCAGUCCCAGUAGCUCAGCCAGUUCCAGUUGCGGUUCCACAACCUGUCGUCGUCAAAGAAACGGUUCCCGUUCUUCUUAAGGGCGGUUAUGUCCACCGUCGCCAGCACCACCACCACCACCACCAUCACUGUGACCAUCAACGUCUUUCGCUUUUUCGAGGGUUCGUCAGUUUCACGUAUAAAAGCGAGAAUCUUCUCGGUCGAAAUCAUCAGUCGAAAAUAAAUCGAACCAACCGAGUACGAAUUCUCAACAUGAACGCAAAGAUGUUUAUACUUUUCGCCCUCGUGGCAUUGGCUGUAGCCGAAAAGACGUCAACGAAAGGGACGAAGAAAGAUAAACGGGGACUCGUCGGAUAUGGAUACGGUUUAGGAUACGGCGGACUCAACACGUACUCGGCUGCUCAUUACCCUACAGUCGGCAUCAGUUCGUAUUCUGCUCAAUACCCAUCGAUUGACAUCACCCAUGGGGUCUCUACGGUCGUUACGAAAGAAGUUGCAGUCCCAGUACCUCAUCCGGUCCCUGUAACCGUUGAGAAACAUGUCCCAAUUCCAGUCAAGGUGCCGUAUGCAGUACCAGUAGACAGACCAUACCCGGUACAAGUACCCAAACCUUAUCCAGUUGAAGUAACGAAACAUGUUCCUGUCCCAGUUGACCGUCCUGUUCCAGUUCCAGUAAGCGUCCCGGUCAAGGUUCCAGUGCCAGCCCCAUACGUAGUGAAGGUAGCUCAACCUUAUGGAGUCUACGUUUCCUCUGACCUUUCUUAUGGUGGUCAAUCUUCUUGGUAAAUGGCUGACGACGACAACAAGAACCUUCAGAAAACAGAAAACAUUUGUUCACGAAUGUUAUUCUGUCCUCGAAAAAAGAAAUCAUAAUAGUCCAAAGAUGGAUAUUCUUUAAAGGAUAAAAAAGAAGAAAAAAAAAAGAUAGCUAUAUUGGAUUUCUUCAUUUUCUUACUUUAAGAAUCUCAAAGUAGAAAUCUCGUAUUGAGAGUUCUGCAUAAUUUAAAUACAUUAUAUUAUAUAGUACUUAUUUUUUGGUAUACCUACAUUUUGUUCUUCUUUCUCUCUGUCUGUCCUUGCAAAAAGAAAUAAUAAGUAUGAUUACGUGGAAAAUUGGAGCUCAUUAUAUGCCGAGUUGAUACUAAAAGUGGAUCGAAGCAAUGCAUGCGAAUAUAACGAUCGAAAGCGAAAUUCGAUGGCUGUAGUUGAUUCUCGUAAAAAAAUGAUUACAUGAAUUCGAACGAGAUACUUAUUAAAAGGAAAAGAAAGGGCGGGAAAGGGAGACAGCAAAAAAUUUCCAUGUGAUAAGAUUCAUUGACGACGAUAUGGCACGUAAGAUAUCUACAAUUUCUCCCGUCAAAAAAAAAAGAAACGAAUGAAUUUCAUUUAUUCAUCCUUUUUUUGCAUUAAGAAAAGUACAAUGAUGAUUAGGCACUCGUUUUACUUAAUAAUUUUUUAAUUAGUAUCAAACCGAAAUUACUGUUAAAAAUCUAAGCGUAUAAUUAACAGAUUAUGUUGGAUGAAAUGUACCAUCUAUCAAAUUUCUUUUAUCGUCUACUUUAUACGGUAUACAUAUUGCAUCAUAAUUUAAAAAAAUGUAUUAUUAUGAGCAAAACAUUGAUACUUAAAAAGAGUAUUAAUAUACUUGAAGCCUUUUAAUAUGUAUCGAUUUAUUAAAGUCGAUGUUGUUUAUUUAUUAAAGUAGACGUAAACAAUUAUUCAAUCAUAAUUAUGUUCAAAAUGCAUUGAACUAUGUUAGUUCUAGAUCGAUCGUACGAUUCAGUGAUUAUAAAUAUACGUAGAAUGAUUCAUGAAUAAAUCAGGAAAGAACCGAUUCUGUUUUUUUAAAUAAAUUAGAAUUGUAGAAUUAAAUUUACUUAGACAAAGUGUUCUUUUUUAACAGCAUUGAAUACGCGAGUAAUUCAGCACAAAUUUUAUUUUAAUAAUAUUAUUCUAUAUUUACAAAACUAUAUUCUUCGAUAUCUAUUUAUUUUUAUAAGAAAGAUCAACCUAUAAAACUAUAAUUUACAUA